UUUUAAAGAGUUGUACUUGUCUUUUUUUGGGGGGGGGAGGUAUAAAGUCUACUCCUAACUUGGAUUUCAACAAAACUAUUCCAGGAAAAACUUGGGAAGCUCAGAAAAUUAAUGGGUCCAGGCUUUAGACUUUCCUCUGCUUUUCUCCUAAUAUUUAAACCCUUCUACUUUAAUAGGACGAUCAACGCAAACUUCAAGGAGGAAUUCAGGUUAUUGUUGGAACACCUGGUCGUGUUAAUGACAUGAUCCAACGAGAAUCGCUAAAGACCAAAAACAUAAAAAUGUUUGUUUUGGAUGAGGCUGAUGAAAUGCUUUCUCGUGGUUUUAAGGAUCAAAUUUAUGAUGUUUUUAAGAGUUUGCCUAAUGAUGUUCAGGUUGUUCUUCUGUCUGCUACCAUGCCAAACGAUGUUUUGGAAGUCACCAAAAAGUUUAUGCGUAAUCCAAUCCAAAUUUUGAUUAAAAAGGAAGAACUUACACUUGAGGGAAUUCGUCAGUUCUUUAUUUAUAUUGAAAGAGAGGAAUGGAAGUUCGAGACUCUUUGUGACUUGUACGAUACGGUGAAUAUAACCCAAGCUGUGAUUUUUGCUAAUACACGUAGAAAGGUUGAAGAGUUGGCUCGUAAUAUGACAAAUAAGAAGUUUACAGUUUCUUUUAUGCACGGAGAGAUGGAGCAGUCUGAACGAGAUUUGAUUAUGCGCGAGUUCCGAUCUGGCUCUUCCCGUGUAUUAAUUACUACCGAUUUGUUGGCACGAGGAAUUGAUGUUCAACAAGUUUCUGUUGUGAUAAACUAUGAUCUGCCUGGAAAUCGAGAGAACUAUAUCCAUCGGUAUUUUUCAUUUUUUGGUGUAGUGGAAAAACGUUGGGUUUUGAGUAUAUAG